AUGGCAAAUCUAGAUCCUCCCCAUACCCCUCCACCCGACAGCAAUUUGUAUAAACUGCGCAAGAAGAAUGCCGUGGAGUCCCUGAAGGACGCGGCGGCAUCAUCCACGAAGCCUGAUGCGGAAGAGCCGUCCGAAGAGCCGUCCGAAGAGCCUGACGCAACGGAGUCGCUCACGGAGAGGGAUGCAGAGAGGGUUCCGCAUGAGGGGAAUGUUACGACCCAGCCGUCGAUGGAGGAGUCGGAUAGGUACCAAGACGAGCUUGAUGAGUCAAGUCCCUCCCCUGAUUACAAUGAGCACAUGGACGUCCCCAAGGAGGAGUUUACUUUUGAAGAGCUUACAGGUAAGAUGAAGCCAUUCAAUGGAGGGAGCGUUGAAGAAUUUGAGGGUGGGUAUAGACUCUAUGCCAAGGAACGUUUCCGAAUAGUGAGGAAGGAUGGUACAUUUGGGCCUGGCUGGAGUACACCUGGCCGCACAGAUCACAGCCUCCCUCGCCGGUAUAGGGAAGAUGUCCUUAGGAUGGGAGGAGUGCGUGUUUGGAGACACCGAGACACCUAA